CAUCGCGUCCCUGACCAUCCCCGGCCCCGCCCCCGAACCCGGCUCCGCCCCUGCCCGAGCGGCUACCGGCCCAACCCACCCGGGGUGGCUGUGGCCGGGUUGGCUGCGGGACUGCGGCGACCCUGGUGUUCCAGCGCGGUCAGAAGCCCUCUGCAGGUGAUUAGUUUCCAAGUAUUUAAGCUGCAUGUGAGUAGAAGCACAAUGAGAGCCAGUCAGAAGGACUUUGAAAAUUCAGUGAAUCGAGUGAAACUGUUGAAGAAGGAUCCAGGAAAUGAAGCGAAGCUAAAACUCUAUGCCCUAUGUAAGCAGGCAACUGAAGGACCUUGUAAUACACCCAAACCAAGUGUUUUUGACUUGAUCAAUAAGGCUAAGUGGGACGCAUGGAAUUCUCUUGGCAGCCUGUCCAAGGAAACUGCCAGGCAGAACUAUGUGGAUAUGGUGUCCAGUCUGAACUCUUCUUCUGAAUCUUCUAGCCAAAUAAAGCCUGGAGCCGACGGGGAACAACCGGGAUAUGAAACCCUGGUGGUGACCUCUCAAGAUGGCAUCACAAAGAUCAUGUUGAACCGGCCCACCAAAAAGAAUGCCAUCAGCACUCAGAUCCUUACCACCCUUCUAGAAGAAAAUAAUACAACUGGUCACCUGCCAUCACCCACCACACCUCUUUCUUAUCACUUCUUACCACAUGCUGCUGCACUACAAAACCCUCCGCUAAGCACCUGCCCCACAAAGUACAGGAGAAUGCAACUCUGACAAUACAUGCAUUUUAAUUCCACCAUAACAAAAUCAUUGGGUCAUCUUCUGUUUGGUGAUAUUUUGUUCCUACAUGAAAUUCAAUGCAUUAAAAUUUUAUAAAUAAAAUUCCAAUUUUA